CCUGGCAGGUCACACAGUUCUGAUUCAGCCCAGGGCAACCAGAACCUGAUGAAGUUGAGAGCCCAUUGGAUCCAGCUGUCAGGAAGGUGCAGGGUGCAGUGUUGGUGCCACACAGAGGAAAGCUGCACUCACUCCCAUUAAAGUUUGGAUGGACACACCAAGGGGGCAUCCAGAUAUUCUCCUAACGCCGCUCCUGCUGCUGUCUGCAUUUACAGACUUUUGCCUGGCCUAUUGUGAAGCUGACUGCAAGUCGUACUGCUGCGAUGGAACGCCGCCAUAUUGCUGCUCAUACUAUGCCUACAUUGGCAAUGUCCUCUCGGGCACAGCGAUAGCAGGAAUAGUCUUCGGCAUUGUCUUCAUCAUGGGAGUGAUUGCAGGAAUUGCCAUAUGCAUCUGCAUGUGUAUGAAGAGCAGCCGAGGAACGAGAGUGGGAGUUAUUCGCACCACGCACAUCAACGCUAUCAGUUCUUAUCCAGCUGCUCCACCUCCAUACAGCUAUGAAUAUGAAAUGGACUUUCCUCUGGACCUACCUCCGCCGUACACCCCGACACCGCCAAUGUCACAUUAUCCUUCUCCUCCUCCAUAUCCCGGGCCUUCCAGGAAAUAAACCUCCACUUGUAUAAGUGUUUACAUGAUGGCGACCACCCCCUCGGCUUUGUUCUUCCUUGCUAAGAUAUAUUUUAUUACACAUUCAAGUUUUAUUUCCUGAAGUGCUUGAAUUUAGAUAUUUGGACCACAUUCAGCACUGAUUCCUUGUAUGAGCAAUAAGCCAAAAAACAUUUCUCUGGAAAAUUAAACAUAUUUAUUUUUGUGUGCCAAGUGUUUACCAGAAAGCGAGAACUGUAUAUCGAGUAUAUCUUGGUCAUACAGCGCUGAUGUGGGCCGUGAUCAGCUGAAAUCCUUUGUAUCCAAAUAUUUACGUUUUUAAUAAAAAAUUUAAAAUUCA